AUGAGCCCGCCUCCCUAUAGGAGCGACCACAGAGACCUUUCAGACCGGUUCUAUCAGCCCCCAGAUGAAUCGCCUUCGCGGCCUGUAUCGCGGCUGCAAAACAUCCCCAGCAUCCCGCCCCCAGCCGCAGCGACGAAUGCCCCAGCUUAUAGCUCGCGUCCGAGCUCGCCGACUCGGCCGUGGUCGCCCUCGCGCACGGCAGAUUGGACCAGACCCCCAGCGCCGCCGUCGGUGGUCAGCUCGCACUACGAGCGUGCCGAUCUCAACGGCAGUCCGCGUCCGGGCACCCCCAGCUCGCGCUAUGGAGGCAGUCCGCGCAGACCGCUACCACCCGCACCGCUAUUUGCAGGCACGACGGGCCAGGACACCAGCAUCGAUAUCGGCGAUGGCAACAAUGACGAUGACGAUGUGUUUGGUGGCGGCGGACGCACGAUCCGCAGCAAACAUGGCCCGCAGGCCAGCGUGCGGUCUUUUAUGAGCGACUCUACCAUUAUCACCGACGAGAAGGACGCCAUGGCAAAGAUCGACCUGGACGAAGAAGAAGACGAGAGCAGCAACAUGGUCGAUCCGAACUUGCACUACGGUCCUGCACCGGAAAAGCAGAGUCGUCGUGGUGUGCGCGAGGCGCAGAUGUCUAAAAAAGAGGUGCAGCUGAUCAACGGCGAGCUGAUUCUGGAGUGUAAGAUCCCUACUAUCCUGCACAGUUUCCUUCCGCGCCGCGACGACCGCGAGUUUACGCAUAUGCGCUACACGGCGGUGACGUGCGACCCGGACGACUUCACCUCGCGCGGGUACAAGCUGCGGCAGCAGAUCGGCAGCACUAUGCGCGAGACGGAGCUCUUCAUCUGUGUGACCAUGUACAACGAAGACGAGAUCGGCUUCACACGGACCAUGCACGGUAUUAUGCGGAACAUCAGCCAUUUCUGCUCGCGGUCCAAGUCCCGCACCUGGGGCAAGGACGGGUGGAAGAAGAUUGUCGUGUGUAUUAUUGCCGACGGUCGUAAGAAGGUGCAUCCGCGCACACUCAACGCGCUGGCCGCCCUGGGCGUCUACCAGGAGGGCAUCGCCAAGAACAUCGUCAACCAGAAGCAGGUCAAUGCGCAUGUGUACGAAUACACAACGCAAGUGUCGCUUGAUUCGGAUCUGAAGUUCAAGGGUGCCGAGAAGGGUAUCAUGCCGUGCCAGGUUAUUUUCUGUCUGAAGGAGCAUAACCAGAAGAAGCUCAACUCGCACCGUUGGUUCUUCAACGCGUUUGGUCGUGCCCUGCAGCCUAAUAUCUGCAUCUUGCUGGAUGUCGGUACCAAGCCGGAGCCUACCGCUCUGUACCAUCUCUGGAAGGCGUUCGACCAGGACUCGAACGUGGCUGGUGCUGCCGGUGAGAUCAAGGCCGGCAAAGGCAAGGGCAUGCUGGGCUUGCUGAACCCGCUGGUGGCUAGCCAGAACUUUGAGUACAAGAUGUCCAAUAUCCUGGACAAGCCGCUGGAAUCAGUGUUUGGCUACAUCACCGUGUUGCCGGGUGCGCUGAGUGCGUAUCGCUUUUUUGCGCUGCAGAACGACGCCGACGGAAACGGGCCGCUGAAUCAGUACUUCAAGGGAGAGACCCUCCACGGUCAGGAUGCGGACGUGUUCACGGCAAACAUGUAUCUGGCCGAGGACCGCAUUCUGUGCUGGGAGCUGGUUGCGAAGCGGGAUGAAAGAUGGGUGCUGCGGUUCGUCAAGAGCGCCGUCGGCGAGACGGACGUGCCGGAUUCGGUGCCCGAGUUCAUCUCGCAGCGUCGUCGUUGGCUGAACGGUGCCUUCUUUGCGGCCGUGUACUCGCUCGUCAAUGGAAAGCAGCUGUGGAAGACGGACCACUCGAUUGCUCGGAAGAUCCUCCUGCAGAUCGAGUCCGUGUAUCAGUUUAUGCAGUUGCUGUUUACGUAUUUUGGAUUGGCAAACUUCUACCUGGCGUUCUACUUCAUCGCGGGUUCUCUGACGGAUCCGAAGAUCGAUCCGUUCGGGGGCAACGCAGGAAAAUACAUUUUCAUCAUUUUGCGGUACUCGUGUAUUUUGGUCAUGUGCUUGCAGUUCAUUCUGUCGAUGGGCAAUCGCCCACAGGGUGCCAAAAAACUGUACCUCUCUGGUAUCAUCGUGUACAGCAUUAUCAUGACCUACACGGCUUUCUGCGCGAUCUACCUCGUGGUUCUCGAGCUGAUGUCAAAGGCGGGAAUGGACGUGGGAGACGUCGCGGUCAGCGACGGACUGUUCGUCAACAUCGUGGUGUCUCUGCUCUCGACCGUCGGCCUGUACUUCUUCGUCAGCUUCUUGUACCUCGACCCCUGGCACAUGUUCACGUCGUCUGCGCAGUACUUCGCGCUGAUGCCCAGCUACAUCUGCACGCUGCAGAUCUACGCGUUCUGUAACACGCACGACGUGACGUGGGGAACCAAGGGCGACAACGUGAUCAACACCGACCUGGGCGCCGCGCGCAUCAUCAACGGAUCCAUCGUCGAAGUCGAGAUGCCCUCGGAGCAGCUGGACAUCGACAGCGGCUACGACGCGGCCCUGCGCAACCUGCGGGACCGGCUGGAGGUGCCCGAGCCGCCUGUCCCCGAGAGCCAACUGCAGGAGGACUACUACCGCGCCGUGCGCACGUACAUGGUCUCCAUCUGGAUGGUGGCCAACGUGGUGCUGGCGAUGGCGGUGUCGGAGGUGUACGGGGUGGAUUCCGGGGGUACUAACAUCUACCUGGCCAUCAUCCUGUGGUCAGUGGCGGUCCUGGCGCUGGUCCGGGUGAUCGGGUCGACGACGUAUGCGGUGCUGCUGGUGGUGCAGAAGCUGGUGGAGGGCAAGACCAAGUUUGAAGCCGGGAACAUUGCGCACGCUCAAGCCGCCAGCUCUGUGGGCAGCUCCAGCGGGUAUGCCAGUGGAUUCGGGGGUGGAGGGAACAUGCGCGACAAGUUCACCGAGGCGAAGUGGGCGAUGCAGCGACAGAUGGGGAAGGCGAUGUUCUGGCGGCGUUGA